AUGAAAUUUGUUGGAACAGAAGUUUCUUUCUUCAUUCUCUUCACCCACACUGCUCUUUGGAAUGCAGGAGCUCAAGACUCUUGCUCACAUCGUUGUGGGGAGCUGCUUGAUACCUGUUCCUGCCAGGUGACAUGCCAGUCCUUGCAGAUUUGCUGCCCUGAUUAUAAAGAAUUCUGUCUUCAAAUUUCUCCAUACUCAGGAUCUCUGAUGGGAGGCAAAGACUUUUUGAUUGAAAAUACAGCUUUUAAUGCCUCUUCUGUGCUAACAUGCAGGUUCAAGCAGGAAAUUGAAACCAGUGGCUAUGUUGAUAAGAAUGGAAAAGCCCACUGCAUCUCCCCAUUGCUGUAUGAGACUGGUUUCAUCCUUUUUGAAGUUUCUACAGAUGGUGGGCAGACGUUUCCAUACUCUGGAACUUGGCUAUCAGUACAUCACAGCAAAGCUUCAGAAGGAGAAAAAUGCACAUUGGUAAAUGAGACAAAAUGGCAAUACUAUGGCACUCCCAAUACUGAUGGAAACUUAACUGUCAUCUGGACACAACAGACACUUGUAGCAACCCACGUCAACAUAGAAGUCUGGGGAUAUCAGGAAACAGGUGAUAGUUACUCAGAAAAUUGGUUGGCUGAAUGGAAAUAUCUUUAUACUUUGGCAAGAGAAAUCCCCAAUAGUGGGGAAUUUUCUUUCAUUCCCAUACCAGCUAAAGGAGAUUACAGCAUAUGGGACUUUGGAAUUUUGAGGAUUACACACGGCAAUUAUUCUGAUGGGCAGAGCAAUAUUCCAUCAAUCUGGAGCUCAGAGCAUGCACUGGCUUGGCACCUUGGGGAAGACUUCAGAAAUAACCCAAGUGCGUGGGCAACUGCUAAAUGUAUAGAAUGGGACAGAAAGGAGGAGAAGCUUCCAAACUUCAUGGAAGAAAUUAUAGAUUGCCCCUGCACUUUGGCACAGGCAAGAGCUGACACUGGCAGGUUCCAUACAGACUAUGGCUGUGACAUUGAAAAGGGAAGUGUGUGUACUUACCACCCUGGUGCUGUGCAUUGUGUAAGAGCCAUUCAAGCCAGUCUCCAGUACGCAGCAGGACAGCAGUGCUGCUAUGACUCCACAGGGAUCCAAAUCCUCACACUUGACUCCAGAGGAGGCAGCACACCUGAUCGAGGCCAUGACUGGGGUUCACCCCCUUUCAUGAAGCCUCCCCGGAUACCUGGCUUUUCCCAUUGGCUUUAUGAUGUCAUCAGCUUCUAUUACUGCUGCUUAUGGUCUGAUAACUGUCACGUCUACAUGAAAAGGCGUCCCUCCAGUGACUGCAGGACUUACAGCCCACCGCAAGCUGCAUCUGCUUUUGGGGAUCCCCACUUCAUCACAUUUGAUGGUGUGAAUUUCACCUUCAAAGGCCAAGGAGAAUACACGUUGGUAGAGUCCAAUCUAACAUCCCUAAGAGUGCAAGGGAGGACACAGCAAGUACGAAUGUACAAUGGAACUGGGGCUCAGGUGACAGGCUUGUCUGCAGUGGCCAUGAAGGAGAACAACUCUGAUGUGAUUGAAGUACGCUACUCAGAGGAUUUGAAUCUGGAGGUCCUAUUGAACCAGAAGGUUGUCAACUUCUCUGAGCAAAACUGGAUGGACCUGCAAGGUCUCUUUCUCCAUUCUACCACUGAUCAGAACAUUACAGUGAUGUUUUCUUCUGGGUCUGGAGUGGAAAUAAGGGGAAAUGGAGGAUUUCUGACCCUGACGGUUCUGCUUCCACCAAAGUUUAUGAAUCAUACACAGGGUCUCUUUGGGGUAAUGAAUGGCAAUACAGAGGAUGAUUAUACCUUUAAGAAUAAAACCAUCAUGCCAGUUCAUGCAAGUCCCCAGCAGCUGUUUGAGUUUGGCGCUAGCUGGGCUGUUGAAAAUGGAACUUCUCUCUUUAGUUAUGAUACAGAGUACUUGCUGAACAAUUUUUUUUAUGAAGAAAAGCACAAUGCUUCCUUUCUGCCUGUGUUCUUUCCAUAUGAAGACCCUGAAGAUUACCUGGUGAAGGAGAUGGUCUUGCUCUGUGGCUCUGACCCUUUCUGCAGAUUCGAUGUUCUGACAACAAGAAGCCUUCAAGUGGGAAGUUCCACAAAAGCAUCUCACCAGAAUCACAAACUGCUGAUAGAAAAUCUAGACCCAGUGAUCUCUUGUGGCUGGCUGGAUCAUCCAGCCAAUGGAAGAAAGAAUGGAACUAAUUACCUGCUGGGCUCAACCAUUGGCUUCACCUGCAAUCAGGGCUAUGACCUCACUGGGUCAAAGGAAAGAAUUUGCCAAGUGACAGGGGCCUGGUCUGGAGACACAUCCAGCUGCAUCCCAAGAACAGAUAUAAGACAAGUAAUUCUCCUUGGCUGUGUAUUUGGAAUAGUUGGUCUUGCAGUCCUGGCACGUCUGACUUUCUUAUGUAGAAAGGAGAGACACAAAGACAACCAGAAAAAUGUUUCAGAGGUUCCAGUUGUAUCUGAACAAGAAACAACAAAACUGCAGAGGAGUUUUUAA